AUUCUCAAUGAGUUUAGUCAAUAUUCGCGAGCAGUUCGUUUAGUGUUGCUCGCGAGAUCCGUGGGCGGUUACGGAGAGUCGUUUUUACUUCGGCCCACUCAAACUUGACAUUUUGACAGCCGACAGACGUAAAUAUUGAACUAAGUCAUCGAUGAGGGACAGUGUCACGAAUCCAAAGCGCGAAAAUUCCUGUGAUAUACGCGUGAAAAAUUAAUUUGUUGUGAUUAAUGGACUAAGUAACUUGGUAUCUUGACUCGUCUUGCAGUACGAUGUGCCAUUUUCACAUGUUACACGUUUCUCGAUAUGUUAACAUUUCAAAUGACAGUACAAUCAGCGUUCUAAUGUAUUGGGUGACCGUUUGUUAACGUUUAUCGCUUUCCGUGGUUUUAUUUCAUUUUCCAACGAAGUCUACUCUAAAUCUAUUUUUCAUAAGACAUCUCUUAUACACAGGGAUAGAUGAGACCAAAUGUCCGAUAAUUUUUAAUUGCAUAGUUGUAGCAAUAUAUACUUUUUUUCUUUGGCGUUAUAUAUUGUUUCAAUGUAUUCUUUUGUGAAUUAUUAGUUUUUCUUGUUAAUUAUGGUUUACUUGUUCUCUAUAAAAUUUAUUCAAUAUGAUUGAAUGGAAAAUUUGAUAUAUUACAGGUUCAUAUUCCAUAUAGUUUAUGUACAUAUGUUUAUAUAAUUUAUAAUGUUAAGGAUGAUUCCAAGUCAUUGCAGUUGCAUGUUUUUUAUCAUAAACUUUGUUUCUCAUGUUACACAAUUGAUAUUUGACAGACAUUUCUUAAAUACCACUUAAAUAGUACUUUAAAUUAUUGUCCAUCAUUGAACUUUGCAAAUCUUGUUGGUACACAAAAAAAUGUAGAUUUCAUUUGGUAAAGUGAAUAAAAUGUAAUGGUUAUAUUAUAUGCAAUACCCAUCAUAACAUGAAUAAUCAAAUUCUAAGUAUGAACAUAAUGCGUAAAUUAAGGGGGGGUACCAGUGUCGGAGGCAUGAGUUCCAGUAACGCAGGUGGUAUAGAUGAUUGCGUGGGAGCUACAAAUCCUCAACACACUGCUCUAGGUCUUAUGCACCUUAAAAAACUUUUUUCUGAGUAUACCCAUCCUUCACAUCCCCUCUCAGAUGCUGAACGUGACGACAAGCUAUAUAAUAUGUUGCCAUUAUUUUGUAAAGUAUUUGGAUCUAGUCCUGCAGGAGAUAUGAGUGAGAAAUUUUGGGACAUCUUGGCAUUUACACAACAAGUAUCUAGACUAAUGGUGUCCGAAAUUAGGAAAAGGGCAAGCAAUCAGAGUACAGAGACAGCGAGUUGUGCCAUUGUAAAAUUUCUAGAAAUUGAGAAUAGUGAAGAAUCAAGUAAUGGCUGGAUGUUAUUGUCUGCAUUAAAUUUGCUUGCUGCAGGUGAUACUUCCCUGAUACAGGCAAUGACUACUGCUUCUGUUCCCUCAACAUUGGUGAAAUGCUUAUAUUUAUUUUUUGAUUUACCUGAGAUGAUAGAUGACGAAGCUGAUAUUGCAGAUACAAAUAGUGAAUUUACCCCAAAGCAACGUAGGAUACUGUUACAAAAAAUAUUCGUGCAAUUAUUGGUGAGAUUAUGCAGUCAUCCUUAUCCAGCAGAAGAGCUGGCCCGCAAAGAUGAUCUUACUUUAUUAUUCUCAGCAAUAACUAGUUGGUGUCCUCAUUACAAUGUGAUGUGGCGUAAAAGCGCGGCAGAAGUAUUAAUGACUUUAUCUCGACAUGGACUUACCCAAAAUGUAGUCAGUUACAUUCACAAAAAAGGAUGUAUAGCACAUUGUGUUGAUAAUAUGCAACGUGUACCUGAACUGGCACCAUUGGAAGUAGUAGAAAUGUUUGUCACAGUAUUUUGUUUUUUAAAAGAUUCAAGUGAAGUUUCACAAACUCUUCUGGAUGAUUUCCGUGCCUGUCAAGGCUAUAUCUUUCUAUCAGAAUUUUUAUUGAAACAUGCCCCAUCCAGAUUAGAACAAGAUAGUAGAGCAGAAGCACAAGAUGCUAUACGAAAUUUAGUUCUUAUGUUAGUAUCUUUAACUAUGUGUGGACAUACCGAAUUAAAGCCAAGCCAAGCUAGUAUGGGAUCUUUAUUUCAAAUGCUUGGCUUUACUUUACCUCAGCCUAGUAAUAGAGGUGGAAGUGUUCGAAAUAUCCAGGCAUUCCAAGUAUUACAAUCUGUAUUUGUGAAAUCUAACUCGUCUCUUUUAUGUUGUACUAUUCUUGAUGCAAUAUCUAGCGUAUAUCACAGUGAUAAUGCCAAUUAUUUUAUACUCGAAGGGCAAAACACAUUGUCCCAAUUCGCAGAAAAGAUUCACUUAAAAAAUCGGGAAAUACAGGUGAAGUUCUUUCAGCUGCUGGAAUUUAUAGUGUUUCAACUUAAUUUCGUGCCUUGUAAAGAACUUAUAUCUUUAUCCAUACUACUUAAAACAAAUAAUUCAACUAACUGCAGUAUCUUGUGCAUGGAAACACUCCUUAAUAUACUCAGACAUAAUAAUAUAUUUAAGGACGUGUAUCGAGAAGUAGGUAUGCUAGAAGUCUUUGUUACGUGUCUUCACCGUUAUGCAACUUUGCUUAAAGACAAACAAGCUGCAUACGAUCAAGGAUUAGAAUACAAUAUAUGCCCAGAGGAUGAACGGUUGGGUGCCUUAGUAAUGGAUGCUUUGACGACAUUAUUAGCGGGCAAUGUUCAAAAUGCUAACGUAUUUAGGGAAUGUAGUGGAGCACGCUGUGCUCAUAAUCUUGUACCCUAUAUAGACUGUCGGUACCAAGCACUUGGUAUUGUUAGGGAAUUGAUACUUAGCGCGGGGGGAGACGAUGAUAUGGCUACAUUAUUAGGUGUUAUGCAUUCAGCACCUUCCAAUGCCUUGGUUUUAAAAACACACAUACUGAAAUCCUUGCUGGCUUGUCUACGAGAGUCUCACCGAACUAGGACUGUGUUCCGAAAGGUAGGAGGUUUCGUAUACGUGAUGUCCGUUUUAGUAUCCUUGGAAGGUCAAUUGGGCACGCAAAGGGUGGAGAGCGCUGAGAUUUCUAACGAUAUAAUAAAAAGGACACCGCAGGAAGAAGCGCAACUGUUAACGCUCCUGCACGUUGUAUUCCACACAAUAAGUACAGCUAUGAGAUUUGAGCCGGCGAACGCGAAAUUCUUUCAUCAUGAGAUAUGUCAAUCGAGUUUAUGCGACACAUUGCGACUUCUUGGAUGUUUCUCCGUACAAACGAAACUCACGGAAAUAGAUCUAAUACCGACUACGAAUUACCAUAAUAUGUUGUUAACAUUGUUUACUGGAAGCGUAUUAGAACCUGUAUUUCCAGAUCUCAUACCAAAAACACUAGCAUAUGCAUGUUUACUGCUGCGUCUUCUAUACGACGUCGCACUCGACUCUUUUGAUAAGCCAAAUUUAGCAGGCUUAGGAAUGAGGUCACCAAGUCACAAACAAAAUAGCGUCGAGCAACAGAAAUCAUUUGAUUCUCCCGGGAGUGGAAAGAGGAGCGUGAUAAACUCAUUAAAUCUAAACCCCCCUACUCCAGAGCCAAUUGUAGUACACCCUGGUAUAGUCGUUGGAAUGUUACACUUGCUCCCGUCGAUCUCGGAGACAUCAAAUUGUCAAAUGGCUUUAGCUUUACAGUUAUAUGUAGCCGAAAUCAUUAAAAGCUUAGUACGCUCAGAGAGGAAUCAACAGAUAAUGUGCGACGCUGGAAUGGCAGGUGAAUUGCUGUCCGUAGGCAGAAUUGCUUUACAAGAUGAAACGCACCCUUUACAUCAACCACUUCAAUAUAUCAUAGAAAGAUUAGCGGCACAGUCUUUAGAGCCACGUGACUUGAGAGAAUUUUUACGACUAGGUGAUCCGUUAUGUUGUAUCUCACUGGACGACAUUGAACCGAAUAAACCUAGAGGCGGUCCUGUACCACUAACACGUAUUAAGACUCUAGUGUCAAUGACAACACCAAAGGAUUUCCGAGCUCAUGGCUCGUGUACUCUGCCACCUUUCGUAGAACUUGACAUGAGCGCAGAAGGGUUCGCAUGUUUAUACUUGCCUAGUGUUGCCCCACAGAGUACGACCCCGCCUACAGUAGUGGCUGCUGACAGUAGUGUGCUCGGUGGGAUCGGUUCAGGUGACAGACUAUUUCCUCCGCAAACUGGACUUACUUAUAGUACAUGGAUAUGUGUUGAUAAAUUUAGCGACCCUAGAACUGAUCCUCACUGUGUACGAUUAUUGACGUUAGUGCGUACCCCACAGUCUGCAAGAGAUCUAAUUUGUUUAACUGCGGUCCUAAGUGCUAGAGAUAAAGCUAUUAUUGUAUCGACGCAAGAAACACCAAUAUCGCAAAAUGUGGGUGAAUGGGAGCCAGAAGGAACUGGUGAAUGUGGUGCAAGAGUCUGGUGUCCUGACUUGCUUCACGAGGGACAGUGGCACCAUAUAGCUAUAGUGCUCAAUCGUGCUGUAUUAAAAAACUCAAGUUUCUCAUUAUAUUUGGAUGGUCAGCAUAUUCACAGUCAGAAGCUUCAUUAUAUCACGCAAGUUCCCGGAGGAGGAGUAGCGAAUUUGACUGUAGCAUCGCCGGUUUAUGGGUACAUAGGUACACCGCCCUGUUGGCGGCGAUAUUCUAAACUGGCGUGGAAGCAAGGGCCAUGCCAUUUAGUGGAAGAGGUGUUCAAUUCACAGAGUAUAGCGACUUUAUUUAAAUUAGGACCACAUUAUAUGGGAAGUCUACAGGCUCCACAAUUAUCGGCACAAGAACCUUUAACGCCUCUUAUCGCAGAAGAAAAAGUUGUGUUUGGAUUAAAUGCUAAAGCGAUGUCUCAGUUGACGUUAGCCAAAAUUAGAAAAGUUUAUAGUCGGGCGGAUAAUAAAUCAAUUGCCAAACAGCUUGGUAUGUCGUCACACGAAAAUGCUACACCCAUUAGAGUUCUUCACAAUUCUGCGGGACACCUUAGUGGACCAGCAAGGGCACUCGGAGGCGUAGUCGUUGGUUAUCUUGGUGUUCGGGUUUUUAGUCCUCGGCCCGUAGCUACAAUGAUUGAUAACGUGGGAGGAUGUUCAGUGUUAUUAGGUUUAAUAGCCAUGGCUCAAGACGUAGAGUCUUUGUACGCUGCCGUCAAAGCGUUAGUUUGCGUUGUAAGAUCGAAUCAAGCAGCCCAGCAAGAAAUGGAUCGUCGAAGAGGCUAUCAAACAUUAGCAAUGUUACUACGGAGGAAAUGUCCUCUCUUGAACAGCCACAUCUUACAUCUGACGUUCAGUCUUGUUGGCACAGUUGACAGUGGCAGAGAAACGAGCGCGAUACCUAAUGUAACAGCGUUUCAAGAUCUCCUUUGUGAUUUACAAGUUUGGCACGAAGCACCGGGAGAAUUAUUGAGAUCACUUUUGGAACAUCUGUACGAAUUAAUAGCGGAGUCAAGUGAGAAAAGGACGAAUUUACGUUUAAUGAGAGAUUUGCAAUUGGUGCAUAAGCUGUUGCAUAUCUUAAGUGAUGUAAAACAAAGCAGCACACGGCAGAUUUUGCUUGCGCUGCUCAGUAUUCUAUUGAGUCAGCCGAGACAAGCUGAUUUACUUUGGUUUGGUCAAUUCAUAGUAGCUACGUUACCUCAAAGUUCAGAGAAGCACUUGAUUCUUCGAGAAAGCGAAGGUAAUAAAGAAGGAGAAGGGGAACAUAUACUUUUACGGAACCGUUGCUUGCAACUUUUACAUUCUUUGUUAUUUAAUGGACCCAAGGUGAAUGUAAAUAUGUGUGAAGAAUUAUCUAAAGUACUGGGCUUAGAUUGGAUAUUAUUGUUUCUUCAAUCUGGUCUUCAUAGUACGACAGUGAUAUGGGGCUUGCGAAUAUUGGUGGCUGUCUGUUCGGUACAACCAAUAUUACAGAAAUUUAAAGAAGGCACUAGCAAUGGUGGUUGGUUACGCCAUACGGAUCAUAACAAAAUGGCACUUGCACUUGGUUGUCAUCAGCAAAUGACAGGUGGUGAGAUUAAACCAUCUGGUCUCCAUGUACCAGGGUUUCAACAUUUAGGAUGGUUGCUGCCACAGCAUGUGGACCUUGUUCCAGAAUUGUACUUUCUCUUUAUCGCUCUCAUGAUGGGCCAACCAGUGAAAUUAUUGCCCACCGAUUCAAAAGUCAUUUUAAAACUCGACUUGGAUAACGUGUGGAAUUUCUUGUUCGGUGUCCCAGCGAACCAUACGCUAUCUUCCUUUGCAAGUAGAAUUAACCUUUGCCCCGAAGCAGUGGUUACUUUGUUAGCAAUGGUGCGAACAAUGCUUAAUAAUUACUCUAUGAACCCCGAAUCUCUACCCGAUUGGUUAAGUGAUUAUCCAGUGACAAUAAUACAGUUCCUGUUCUUCCUCUAUCACAAUUUCACAGACUUCAUGCAAGUGUUCAUGUCUGCGGAAGUGUUAGGCGCACUAGCCGGCACUUUGUUUCCAAAACCUACGAGUUCUAGUCAAGAUAGUAGUGGAGCUAGUACCCCAGCAGAUGAGCAAGAGCCAGUAUUGGUGAGAUCUCCUUCGAAGGAUGUUGGUUUGAUAAAUCACCCAGCGAAAAAAUUUGUGAUGGACUUUUUAAGGGUCAUCGUAGUAGAUUCUCUUUCUUUACCAGUCACUGCAAAGUCUCCACCAGCCAUCGAUUUAGUUUUAGAAGCGUGGCCAGAGCAUGCUUCUACGGGUCAACAAACACGUUACCAAACGGAAGUUCUAUCUAUUCUAAUGGAGCAUUUAUUAGCCGCUGACGUUCUGAUCGGAGAGCAAGCGGCGUUACCUGUAGUUCCUGGCGGUUCUGUCAACAAUAUUACUAACAAUGUAUGUUACGUCGCAGCCAGAAUAGUGGAUAAACUGUGGCAAGGUGCUUUGACGAAAGAUCCGCACGAAGUGUUUGACUUUAUCGUGAAAUUAAUUGGACAAGCUAAAAGACGGCCCGGUGUUGUUAGCAUGGAAGGUCUACAUCAUUGUCUGAACAGAACUAUUCUGUUCUUGUUGUCCCGGACAACAGACUCGAUAGCUGAUCAAAUGGCUGUCUUCGAAGCAUUACAUAAACUUACGACUCAUAGGCUACUAGUUUUUGGUGCUGGCAAUCACGAAUUGGAAUUCAUCGGUUGCCUAACGUACUGCCUCUUACAGUUAACAGCAGAUAUUAAAGUCAUGCUGGACACAAACAUGAAAACCACGUGGCACGUAAAUCCACAAGUGGAAGCCAGCGAUGACAGACUAACUUCGCAUCAGGGGCACAACUUGAUGUCUGUCGCGGCAAUGAGAGUUUGGGACGAAUUAUAUGUAUGCAAGAAACCCGCUAUAGAAGAAGUGUUUAAAAUAACACUUCCAGCGCCUGUAGGAAACGAACGUGCUCCCGAGCUGUCGCAAAUAAGAGAUCAAUUAAACGAAGCUGCAACCAGGCUUUGGAUGAAUUACGUUGUUAUGGAAAGGAAGGCUUCGUACAGAGUCCCUUGGGAACUACACAAUCAAAUACAGUCGAAAAUUCAAAAGGUAACAGGAGGCUUGACAAGAUUGGCGAGUAGGACAAAAGUGAGGAAAGAAGAAUCCGUGCGCGUUAGGCUACGAUUACAUCAAAAUACAGUGGCGCAAUGGACGGAGCAACACGUGGCAUUGGUGCGUGAAUUAGCUGCGGCUAAAAGACUACAAUACAUCCAAACCAAUCAGCACACUCAGAGAUACGUGUAUCAAGAAUGGUUGCAAACUGAAACUGAAUUAACGAGAGAACGGGGUCUAUGGGGACCACCGACACCUACCAGACUGGACAAGUGGAUGUUAGACAUGACUGAGGGCCCAUGCAGAAUGCGAAAGAAGAUGAUGAAAAACGAACUCUUCUAUAUCCAUUAUCCUUAUCGACCUGAAUUGGAACACCCAGAUAACAAACAGCUGAAGUAUAAAGUUGCAACGAGCACCGACAGCAAGGAGUAUUACUUGAAACAACUUGGUAAUUCCUCCGGCAUGUUUGAACGAGAACGCGACCCCGUCAUCGACGACACUCCGUUGAACGUCAACGAAGCUUCUACAGAAAGUGAACCUCCCAUGGUACCUUGCACGUUGGAACGUCACGCCAGUGAACCCGAUGAAGUAACAGAAGACAACGAGCAAGAAGAGGAAAAUAAUCAGGCUGUUCCAGACAAUCAAACUUUGAUACGAUUACUAGAGGAACACGAAAAGAUAAGUCACAUGUUCAGGUGCGCUAGAAUCCAGGGAUUAGAUACCACGGAAGGUUUAUUAUUGUUUGGAAAGGAACAUUUCUACGUGAUCGAUGGGUUUACACUGUUAAAAUCCAGAGAAAUAAGGGAUAUCGAAAGUUUACCCGAGGCUUAUGAACCAAUAUUGCCAUCGCCAGGUUCUCCUAGAAGGUCUAGAGCAAUGAGGCAGUGCUCGAAGUUUAAUUACGAGGAUAUUAGGGAAGUGCAUAAAAGGAGGUAUUUGCUACAACCGAUGGCACUGGAAGUAUUCAGCGGAGACGGCAGAAACUACUUGUUAGCGUUUCCACGUAAAGUGAGGAAUAAAGUUUAUCAAAGAUUCAUGACAUUCGCAACAGCGAUAGCUGACAGCGCACAACAGUCAGUGGCUGGUCAAAAGAGAACUGCAAACGUAGAGCAAGCCACGGGUCUGCUUUCAAACCUAAUCGGAGAAACAUCGGUUACCCAACGAUGGGUGAGAGGAGAGAUAUCUAACUUCCAGUAUUUGAUGCAUCUCAACACUUUAGCUGGCCGUAGUUACAAUGAUUUGAUGCAGUAUCCAAUCUUUCCAUGGAUAUUGGCUGACUAUGAUAGCGAGGAACUUGACUUAACUGAUCCAGUGACAUUUAGAGACUUUGGUAAACCUAUGGGUGCACAGAGCCCUGAACGAUUAUUGCAGUUCAAGAAGAGAUAUAAAGAAUGGGAUGAUCCUCACGGAGAAACGCCUCCCUAUCAUUAUGGAACGCACUAUUCUUCCGCUAUGAUAGUGUGUUCCUAUUUAGUGAGAAUGGAACCAUUCACGCAACAUUUUCUUAGACUCCAGGGUGGACAUUUCGACUUGGCGGACAGAAUGUUCAAUAGCAUAAAAGAAGCUUGGCUUUCUGCUUCUAAACACAACAUGGCGGAUGUGAAAGAACUUAUACCAGAAUUCUUCUACCUUCCAGAAUUUCUCGUUAAUUCGAAUCAUUUUGACUUAGGCUCUAAACAAAGUGGCGUGCAAUUGGGAGACAUUGUACUUCCACCAUGGGCGAAGCAGGAUCCUCGGGAAUUUAUACGCGUGCAUCGACUCGCAUUGGAAUGCGAUUACGUGUCGCAACACCUUCAUCAAUGGAUUGAUUUAAUAUUCGGUUGCAAGCAAAAUGGACCGGCCGCAGUCGAAGCAGUAAAUGUGUUCCAUCACUUAUUCUAUGAAGGCAACGUCGAUAUUUACAACAUCGACGAUCCCCUAAAAAAGAAUGCUACCAUUGGAUUCAUCAAUAAUUUCGGUCAAAUACCAAAGCAGUUAUUUAAGAAACCGCACCCGGCUAAGAAGAUGACUCAAAGAACCAGCGUUAUCGAUCCUGGACCAAUCACUCCAGGCUUAAGUAUUACUACGUCUGAUAAAUUGUUCUUCCAUAAUCUUGACAAUUUGAAGCCAUCGCUUCAACCUAUCAAAGAAUUGAAAGGUCCCGUCGGUCAGAUACUUCACGUGGAUAAAGCAGUGUUGGCUGUUGAACAAAAUAAAACGCUGAUUCCUCCGACGUAUAAUAAGUACGUUGCAUGGGGUUUCGCGGACCAUUCGCUUAGAAUAGGAAAUUACGACAGCGACAAAGCGAUGUUCGUUUGCGAAGCUAUGAUGCAGAGUAGCGGAGAGAUAGUUGCUUGUGUUUGUCCGUCUUCCAAAUUGAUCGUAACCGCUGGCACAAGCUCCGUUGUAACCGUUUGGGAAUACACGAAGAGGCAACUUUCGAUCAAACAGUGUCUCUAUGGUCAUACCGAUGCUGUUACAUGUUUGUCGUCAAGUCCAGCCUACAAUGUGAUUGUAUCAGGAUCUCGGGACGGUACAGCAAUUAUAUGGGACUUGUCACGCUGCUUAUUCGUCCGUCAGUUGAGAGGACAUGCAGGACCAGUGGCCGCAGUAGCCAUAAACGAAUUAACGGGGGAUAUAGCAACAUGUGCAGCUACAUGGCUUCACGUGUGGAGCAUCAACGGUGAGGAACUAGCGAGUGUCAACACAUGCGUUGGACGAGCUGAUAGAAUGCAGCAAAUUCUGUGUGUGGCGUUUAGCCAAACUCACGAAUGGGACUCGCAAAAUGUUAUUAUGACAGGUUCGACAGACGGUGUAGCUCGUAUGUGGUCAAUGGAUUACGUGCAAGUGCCUGCGGAAGAAGAUAAACCCGAGGAAGUUGCAGCUGCCAAAGAAAAAAACACAAAGUCGAGCAAGACUGAUAAUCAGAAUGAAAGUACUAAGAAACGGGUACACGAAUUGGUUAAGCAAAUGAGUAUAUCAGCUGAAGGCUCAGCUAUGCUUGCGAAAAGCGGUUCAGAAAGUAGUCUUUCGGAAGCGGAAACUUCUAAAGAAGCGUCGAGAUUGCACGAAGAGAAAGAAGAGUGCUCGGACAACGAUUCAAGCAAUGGUUCUAGUAGCAAACCAUCACCACAGAAUAAUAACACUCCUACUGUUGUGCUUCGUAGGAAAAGUCGUGGAAACCCUAUGUUUCGGAAGAGCGAAGGCGGAGGACGCGCAGACAGCGAGGGUACUCAAACCAGUGAAUUGUCUAGCACUACUGGAGACUCUGAAGGAGCCUUGCGAGCCAGUAAAAGCGAUACCAGCUUAACAGACAGUUUUGUGAUGGUCACAGAAGCUGACACAAAACCUAGAAGAAUUAAUCCACAAAAUGUCUUACGCGAUGGUUUUAAAUGGCAACGGCAAUUAGUAUUUAGAAGUAAAUUAACAAUGCAUACUGCAUACGACCGAAAGGAUAAUGCAGAACCAGCAUCUAUAACGGCUCUCGCGGUUUCAAGGGAUCAUAGAACAGUAUACGUAGGAGAUACAAGAGGUCGAGUCUUCUCGUGGAGUGUAUGCGAGCAACCGGGUCGCACAGUCGCCGAUCACUGGUUAAAAGAUGAGGGUGCAGACUCUUGUGUUGGUUGCGGAGUUAGAUUUAAUCUUUACGAAAGAAGGCAUCACUGUCGCAACUGUGGACAAGUAUUCUGUUCAAAAUGCAGCCGAUUUGAGUCUAAAAUCUCGAGGUUAGGAAUUUUAAAACCUGUCAGAGUUUGUCAGGGUUGUUAUUCAUCAUUGCGCUCCCAGCUUUCCGCUGAAAGCAGCGCUUAAUUUGGCAGCGUAUUUUAUGGUUUUCUGUAAGUGACCGGAUCGAGGGUGGGUACAACUCAAAUGUACAUAAUCACGGGUACCCUCUAUAUGCCUUUACCUGAACUUUUCCAUCAGGUAAACUAAACGUGCAUUUCCGUUUCAUUUUUUUUUCGUAUAUAUUGUGCAAUAUCGGGCUCUCUUGCAUUUCGACGAACUGCACAGGAAGAAAUCAAUCGCUGUAUUUUUUAUUAUAAUCUGACCGUUGAUUGACCUUAGUUUUUAUCACCAGUGAUUCGUUCCUUCUGUUCUUCAGUAACGAAUAAUUAAAUUACGGUACAUUCCUGUCGAUCCUAUAAAAUCGCAUCUAGCAUACUUUUAACUUAUAGAAACUGUCACAAUAAUAUCUACGUUGUAUCCUAAGAAGAUCGGCCUGCUUUGCUUCAUCGACAGGGUUGUACAUCAUUUUCGAAGUCGAUGCCCGAAAAUUUACCAAAUACUGGAAUGUAGAUUACAAGUACACGUUCUCCUCUUUUUUAUAUAUAUAUAUAUAUAUCUAUGAAUUUUGAUCAUUUUCGAACAUUUCUCUAUGUUUCGUAUAUUUGCAUUUUAUUCGUCAGAGAACAAUAUAUAAAGUUGUUUUAUAUGUUGUACAUUUUGUUUGACAAAGCUACACUUUAUCAUCCAUUUCAGCGAAAAUUAAUACUGACCGAAAAAUCUAUACAUACGAACGUAUAUAGCGAAAUUUAUUUAACACGUAAUCUGUGAUUAUUUUCUUUCGUAUUUUAGUAAAUUUAUGAUAAAUAAAUUCGAGAGGUGGUCAUUGACAAUUAUAUAUACAUAUAUACAUAUAUAGAUAUAUAUGUAUGUAU